ACGCACUUCUCUCUCUCCGCCAGGACUCGGAUCAUGCUGCUCCUGCUCGGACCUGUGAGCGGCUCUGUGACCGGGGGACUUGGUGACACCCUCGGACUCCUGUCAGCCUGGACUCCACGGGUGUGAUGAGCCCGGGAGACUCCCGAGUUCACUGUGACGCACGACAGCCGCGUCUGUUUGGAGGAAUUUAGCGCGUCUGCGUGAGGAUCCGGAGCAGCUCUCCUCUGUACUGCACCAACAGAAACAAAGUGGAUUUGGAUUUAAUUGAUCUGUUUUUGGUUGAUGGAUGCUGAUGUGGAGCAAGAUCGAGAGCCAGCGGAGGAAUUUAUCAGGAAAUGUUUGUGUGAUGUGACGAACAGCUGGAGACAGAAAACAUCUGUGUGACCUGUGACACUGACAGAGAGGAAACAUCUGCUCCAGCUGCGGAGAGGAAAGGUUUCUGGAACGAUGUGAAGCUCCUGCGACUCUCAAGCAUGUCUGACUCAGGAGCCUGUGCUGCAGGGAGCCCCCGUGGUCAGUGUUCUGUGUAGGUAGGCCUCCUUGCUGUGGUUUUUCCUUGGCCCUUUUCAACAGGGGGACUCCAUGAUCUGGCUCAUCCUGUCCUCGCCGCACCACCCUCGACCACCGCUUCAGCACCCAGCCUGCUGACUGUGCGAUCAUAUAACCUCUCCUUUUCCCUGCUGCUUGCCUCGCCCAAAAAAUGGCGAGGGGUUUUGAACCCCCGAGGGUCACGGGCCACUGCUUCCUCUCUCUGCUGGUGCUUAAGAGCUGCUGGCUGGUUGGCUGUGCUUCUCAAAAGCCCGCUGUCCCUGCCGACUCCCAGCAGCCCCUGCAGGAGUAUGCCCACUCCAUCCGGCUGGAUGGUGACAUCAUCCUGGGGGGCUUGUUCCCCGUGCACGCACGUGGUGAAAGGGGUGUCCCCUGUGGCGAGCUGAAGAAGGAGAAGGGCAUCCACCGGCUGGAGGCCAUGCUGUUCGCCAUCGACCUUAUCAACAAGGACCCAGAGCUGCUUCCCAAUGUGACUCUUGGUGCACGCAUCCUGGACACCUGUUCUCGGGAUACCUACGCCCUGGAGCAGUCACUCACCUUCGUCCAGGCGCUCAUCGAGAGGGAUGGCUCUGAUGUGCGCUGUGCCAAUGGAGAGCCGCCGAUCUUCGCCAAGCCGGAUAAAGUGGUGGGUGUGAUCGGAGCAUCGGCCAGCUCUGUGUCCAUCAUGGUGGCCAACAUCCUACGACUGUUCAAGAUCCCUCAGAUCAGCUACGCCUCGACGGCCCCGGAGCUCAGCGACAACACGCGCUAUGACUUCUUCUCCCGCGUGGUUCCUCCAGACUCCUACCAGGCUCAGGCCAUGCUCGACAUCGUCACGGCGAUGGGCUGGAACUACGUAUCCACGCUCGCCUCAGAGGGGAACUACGGCGAGAGCGGUGUGGAGGCCUUCGUCCAGAUCUCCAGAGAGUCAGGUGGAGUCUGUAUCGCUCAGUCCCUAAAGAUUCUUCGGGAGCCCAGACCCGGAGAAUUCGACAAGAUCGUCCUUCGUCUGAUGGAGACGCCCAACGCCCGCGCUGUCAUCAUGUUCGCGAAUGAGGACGAUAUCAGGCGAAUUCUGGAUGCGGCCAAACGAAACAAUCUGACGGGCCACUUCCUGUGGGUGGGCUCAGACAGCUGGGGCUCCAAGAUCUCUCCGGUGGUCCAGCAGGAGCGUGUAGCUGAGGGCGCCAUCACCAUCCUUCCCAAGAGGGCGUCUGUGGACGCCUUUGACCGCUACUUCAAAAGUCGCUCCCUGUCCAAUAACAGAAGGAACGUCUGGUUCGCUGAGUUCUGGGAGGAGAAUUUUGGCUGCAAGCUGGGGAUGCACGGCAAGAGACCUGGCAGCCCCAAGAAAUGUACAGGUUUGGAGAAAGUCGGCCGUGACUCCACCUACGAGCAGGAGGGGAAGGUUCAGUUUGUGAUGGAUGCCGUGUACGCCAUGGCCCACGCUCUGCACCACAUGCACCGUGAGCUGUGUGCUGGAUACCCCGGUCUCUGCCCCCGCAUGGCCAACAUCGACGGCAAAGAGCUGCUGGCACACAUCCGCGCCGUCGCCUUCAACGGAAGUGCCGGGACUCCGGUCACCUUUAAUGAGAACGGCGACGCUCCGGGACGCUACGACAUCUUCCAGUAUCAGAUCAACAACCAGUCGAUAGCAGAGUACAAGGUCAUCGGAUCCUGGACCAAUCAGCUGCAUCUAAAUAUGGAGGCCAUGCAGUGGAGCACAGGUGACCCCUCCCUGCCUGCCUCGGUGUGCAGCCUGCCCUGUCGGACCGGAGAGAGGAAGAAGGUGGUGAAGGGCGUCCCCUGCUGCUGGCACUGCGAGCGCUGCGAGGGAUACCACUUCCAGGCCAGUGAGUUUACCUGUGAGCUCUGCCCCUACGAGAAGAGACCCAACCAAAACCGCACCGGCUGCCAGCCCAUCCCAAUCAUCAAACUGGAGUGGCACUCUCCCUGGGCGCUGCUGCCCGUCUUCAUCUCCGUCCUGGGCAUCAUCGCCACCACCUUUGUCAUCGUCACCUUUGUGAAAUACAACGACACGCCCAUUGUUCGGGCUGCAGGGCGGGAGAUGAGCUACGUUCUGCUGACGGGCAUCUUCCUGUGUUACAUCAUCACCUUCCCCAUGAUCGCUGCUCCAGACGUGGUCGUCUGCUCCUUCAGGAGGAUCUUCCUUGGCCUCGGUAUGUGCUUCAGCUACGCUGCGCUGCUCACAAAGACCAACCGCAUCCAUCGCAUCUUCGAGCAGGGCAAGAAGGCGGUAACAGCACCGCGCUUCAUCUCUCCAGCCUCCCAGCUGGUCAUCACCUUCUCCCUCAUCUCAGUCCAGCUGCUUGGUGUCCUCAUAUGGUUUAUCGCCGAUCCUCCGCACACCUUUGUGGACUACGGCGAGCAGCGCACUCAGGAUCCUGGGAACGCUCGUGGAGUCCUCAAGUGCGACAUCUCGGACCUGUCGCUCAUCUGCUCUCUGGGAUACAGCAUCCUCUUGAUGGUCACAUGCACUGUUUACGCCAUCAAGACACGGGGCGUCCCAGAGACCUUCAACGAGGCCAAGCCCAUUGGAUUUACUAUGUACACCACCUGCAUCAUCUGGCUCGCCUUCAUCCCCAUCUUCUUCGGCACGGCACAGUCGGCUGAGCGGAUGUACAUCCAGACCGCCACGCUGACCGUCUCCCUCAGCCUCAGCGCCUCCGUCUCUCUGGGAAUGCUCUACAUGCCGAAGGUCUACAUCAUCAUCUUUCAUCCCGAGCAGAACGUCCCCAAACGCAAACGCAGCUUCAAGGCCAUCGUCACCGCCGCCACCAUGACCAGCAAGCUGUCGCAGCUGGCAGCUGAGCGGCCCAACGGCGAGGUGAAGACGGAGCUGUGUGAGGGCGUGGAGGCCAACGUGCCACCAACGAAAAACACCUAUGUCAGUUACACCAACCACGCCAUGUGAAAAACCACACCUUCAUCACAAGGACAUGACCAGGGCAGUAACGAAGAUGUCUGUCGAAGAUGAUGAGGUCUGAACUGUGGAGGAUAAUAAAUAAACUGAAUCAACA